UUCAGGCCCCGCGCAUAUUGUUACCCAACAUCAACCUUACUUCACUGUGGUGAGCAAAAGGGGGAGAAGAUUGUCCAGGACCAAAACAAGCCUCUGAAAACACAAUUUGAAGGGCGUUCUCAUUAUGACUGAAAACGAGGAGACCAUGGACACCUCUGAUAACCAUGACAGUGUGCCAUCAGCAAAGAAAAACGGACGAACGUUGUUGCUGGACAGUGGAGAGGAUUUUGAGAUGUUGGAUGAAGAGGACAUUGACGAUGACCCCCCUCCUCUGGAAGAUGCAGGGGGUGGGGAAGGGAAGAGCCCAAAGGAGUCUGGAAAGACAAAUGCAGACACAGACGAAGACCCUCCAGGUCAAGUGGAAGAAUGGCUGGAUGUACUAGGUAAUGACCAGCUGAAGAAAAAAGUCCUGGAAGCGGGGAAAGGGCGAGACAGUCGCCCACAGAAAGGACAGAAUGUAAAGAUUAAUCUUAAAACGUACCUGAAGGAUGAGAUCCUUGUAGAGGAGCAGUCUGAAGUCUCUUUCACUCUGGGUGACGGGGAUGUCAUCCAGGCACUGGAUCUCACAGUGCAGCUCAUGGAAAUGGGAGAGACGGCUCUCAUCCAGACUAAUGCUAAAUAUGCAUAUGGAACACGGGGCAGUCAUGACCCUGAGGUUCCCCCAAAUGCCGAGCUUUCCUUAGAAAUACAACUGCUGGAAGCUACUGAUGCUCCAGACCUGGAGCUGCUGCCCCCUGUAGAAAAGAUUGCCCUGGCCAGCCAUAAAAGAGAGAGGGGCAACGUUCAUUAUCAGCGUGGGGACUACGCUUUUGCUGUCAACUCGUAUAGCAUUGCCCUGCAAAUAACAGAAUCUAGUUCUAAAGUUGACAUUAGUCCUGAGGAGGAGAAUGAGCUGAUGGACGUGAAAGUGAAGUGUUUAAACAACAUGGCUGCUUCUCAGUUAAAACUGGAUCACUAUGAUGCAGCGCUUAAAUCUUGUGUCUCAGCUCUGGCACACCAGCCAGAAAAUAUAAAAGCACUUUUCCGCAUGGGCAAGGUGCUGGCAUUGCAAGGUGAAUAUACAGAAGCCAUUCAAACUUUGAGGAAGGCACUGAAGUUGGAACCAAGCAACAAGACUAUCCAUGCAGAGCUUUCCAAACUGGUGAAGAAGAACUCGGAGCAGAAGGGAGCAGAGCAGGCCAUGUAUAAGAAAAUGCUGGGGAAUCCCACCAGUGGCAGCAGCAGUUCACAGAAACACCGGGCCAAGUCCUCAUGGGGUCUCAGCUGGAAGUGGUUAUUUGGUGCCACUGCAGUAGCCAUCGGCGGUGUGGCGUUAUCCGUUGUCAUUGCAGCUAGAAAUUGAACCAAGUCCUUAGUGAUGGCCUGACCAAGUCCUGCAAUGUGAGAGCCUAAACAGAGAAGCACAUGUGGCAGUGCCUUCUGACCUUUGGUCAAGGGGGGUGGAUAUGUCAGUCGGUCAGUUGCCUCUUCAUUGUCACUCACCCUUCUCUGCUAUGUUUGAGAACUGUGUGUGACAAAUAAUAAAACAUCAAUAUUUGCAUAUGGGAGAAGUAUUUCCAACCUUAUAAAUGUGUAGGUUUAUGCGUAUCUGUCACGUUUCCAGGAAGUUUUCUUUUGCUGCCAUUGUUUUUGUCUUUGGUAGAUAAUGUUGAAAAUGGACUAAAAUGAAAAAUAAUUUACUGAACUAUUUUAAGAAUAUUUUUCCCACUGAAAAUAGCUAUUGUGACAUGGUCCUAUGUUAUGCUAUAGUUUUGAAGCAUAUGAUUGCGCGGUUUAAGUUUAGUUAUUCCUGUUCAACAGACAAUAUGUGAUUUCACUGUUUUUAAUUAUGGUACAAUGUUUCAUGUUGGCCGGUGUCAUGUAGAAGAUGCAUUAUUUGAGGUCCAAACGGUGGCAAGAUACUCGACUCGUGUGCUUUUUCACUCUUUCACCCUUUCUGCAGACUACUCAUACACUCAGUGACCAGAAAAGUGGAAUCACCUGUACAAUGUUAUGCAAUACAAUUGUCCUGCAGGACCUUAUUAAAAUAUUCACCCUUUGUUGUCACUAGAGCAGAAAUAAAAGAAACACCUCACAGAAUAAUACGGUUAAAUAAAAUACAACAAGCUGCUGCCUCAGACAGUACAAUGAAAUUGAAUCAACAGCUAUCUGACAGUGUCAGCAACCAAAAUGUAACAGUUUCAAAAAGGCAUACUGCUGGAUACAGUACAUAUACAUGACUGUUGUACUGCAAUUUGAAGCUGAGGGGUUUCUCUAUUUCUGGUCACUUCUGUAUACAUGUAUUUAAACAUCUACUAAAGAAGACAUUGUACAUACUGUUCAGCAUUUGUUAAAUCAGUGGUUCUCAAAGUGGGGGUCUGGGGAUCCCCAGGGUUCCUUGAGAGGGCUCCAGGGGUUUGCCAUCAAAAAGGAGUAUAUUUUACGGUCACUAUAAUUCCAUCCAUAAUAACACAAUGUCUGAAUGUAUGACUAUUUUGGUCAUGGGUUUCAUACACUUUCUGUAAACAAACAAAAAAACACCUAAAAGCAAAAAUAUUGGGACAAAAUCUUAUCAAAUCGGGGUCCAAGGUCAAAUUUAGUUAAAUUCGGUUUAGGGGUUAUUGACAUGCAAAAGAACCACUGUGUUGAAUAACUAAUUUAUUUUCAGCAGAGGUACAGUUAUUACCUUUUUAAAAUAAGGGCAGAGAAAUGGUAUAUGGAGUUUCAGACAUACUUUAUUUUUUACUUUUCAAUUUCAGUCAACUAUACCUCAAUUUCUGAUCACUAAGACCAAAUGUUGAAGGAUGACCCUUCAAGUACAAUGUUGGGUGUUUGUGUUUUUCUUUCUCCCUUACAUUUUUUUUGCCUGUGAAUUUUUCCUUGGAAUGUGUUCCUUUCUUUAGGUGUUAAUUUAUUCCAGUGUUUUGCUCAUUGCUAAGUGUGACACCACUGAAUCUGUAGCCUCUCUAGAAUAAAUGCUAGGCCUACAGAGCCAAAAGUUGCAUAAGCUCUUACAAGUUGGUGACAAACUAAAUAGACAUAUAAGUUGAUAUGAGUUCCUGACAUUCCCUGUAUUUGUUAAUUUUAUAUCCAUCACAAUAAAACAUGUCUCACAAACUA